AGCAGAGCGGGGUCUCUCGUCACAUUCCCUUCCCGAAGAGAAGGUUAUACAUGAACCGGGUAUACUUGUCAUUGUUGUCUAUUUAUAGACACAAGUCACAGCCGAAUCUUUCAGCUUUGUCAUUCUCCAAAUGUGCCGUGGACUGUUACUGUUCUUACUUCUUACUAAAACACUAAAACUUUCAGGUUGUUCUCCUGGUCCUCGAACAACUUUCUAUUCCACGAGUUCCUCUCCUAUUAAAGUUUGAUAUAGGUUGGGUUAUGAUGCUCCGUUGUCGUCCCUCUUGCAUUGUCAGGCAGCAACCCUGCCGAAUCUUAACGUGCUUAUCCAUCACCACCCUCUCAGGAAAGAAUUUAAAAUGUCCCUGUGACGUCAAAGGACCCCCGAAAAAAAAGUUCAGUGGCCAAGUUUAGACAGUUGUUUCGAGGCCUCACAAUGCGAGGGCAGAUAGCACCGGUUAAAUCUGUUAGCACACAAGGAAUUUGACGCCCAUUCGCCCAUCUAAAGUUACCGCUGUAUAAACCUAAAUCCUCCUCGUAGAUGAUAAAUUAGGAGAAGGAUUACCAGGGGACAACUAGAUUAAGAGUGUUUGUCCAAGCCAUAACAGAAAAAUGAGCAAACAGGAUUCAAUAGCAACUUGCUUGGCCAAAAUGUACGAGAGCAAAUUCGACCAUUCUACAGAGCCCGGAAAAUCCCCGGUGAAGUCUCCCAGAGGAGUCAAUUCCAUGGAUCGGAAACUGAGUCUUCUCAACGAGAAGAUGGAUAAACUCUUGAACUUUCAGGAAAGUGUCAUGGGAAAAUUGGAGAUAGUUCAUCACACGAUGGACGUGCUGGAAAAAGGAAUGGAUAGAUUAUCAAUUUCUCAAGGACCUUAUCUAAGGAAGGUGGAAGGACAAGGUACUACCAGAGAAGGCAACGAGCAAGUCAAGGAGCAAGGUGGCUUCAACGAGUUAAUCUAUUUACUUAAAGUGCUGCAUAUGGAUUCUGUCAUCCAACAAGAAAAGCUUGACGGUCUUCAAAAAGUGGUUUCCACCAUUGAUAAGGUGGUGGAGUUUGUAGGGAACACGCUGAGAAACUCAAAAAUUGUGGACUUCAUUCUGAAAGGUACAGUGCCUUGGAGAAAAGAGACACAUGAAAAGGCUAAAGAAAAAUCUGAAGAAAAAGAGACAAAAGCAAAGCAUGUGCUCCCCAACAGAGACUCCCAGGCUGAGAUGCAGUGGGCCACUACAGGUGCCCAUCAAAGCAACCCAUUGGCAGACAAUAAGAUCCCUCUAAAGACAUCUCACUGCAGCAGCCCUCAGAACAAAGUGGACUGCUCGGGUGGACAACCUCUUCUAGAUACAGUCCGAUGUCCAGAAACAUCUCCUACACCCAAACCAUGGGCUCAGAAAGUGGCAGGCGAAAAGCCUCAAGAGAAAAACGUUCACGUCGACUCAAGUGUCCCUCACAGUCAAUGUUCCCAGGAUAAGAAGCUUGAGGAGCACAAGAAGAUACCAGAAGAACCUGGGGGGGAUCAAAGUGCCCUCAGUAGGACACCAGUAUCCUUGAUAUCUCUUCCUUGUAUAGAAAUUCAGCUUCCAAGGGAAUCUUCUCAAAUUCAAGUGGAAGAAGAACAGGUCCUCUGCCCAGGAAUCAAGACUAAUGCACACACAGAACAGAUGAGCAGGCAGGAACUGGCAUCUCAUGGGGCAGCAGUCACCGGGAAGGACAAGCCGCUGCCCUCUGCCACCAAGAGUCCAGCAAAGAACAAAGGAGGAGAAGACGUAAGAAGUGAUGUUAAAGAAACCCUCCAAGGAGGGAAAAGUGGGAUGAAGCACCAAGAAGGAGUCCCGAAGGACGGUGAUGCCACCCAGAUGAGGGAUCAGGCCCAGGCGUCCAGCUCUCCAGGAGAUGCCACCAAAGUGCCAGAAGCCUCUUCCCUACAUGUAAUUGAUGACUGUCCGCCCCCUCCUGCACCGUUCAACCACCGAAUAGUGAGCAUCAAGCAAGCCAUCUUAUCGUCCUGCUACACCGUGUGCCAGCAUGAGGUCCUGGGAGGGGGGCGCUUUGGACAAGUUCACAAGUGUGUGGAAAUCUCAUCCGGGCUCCGACUGGCUGCAAAAAUCAUCAAGGUGAAAGCGCCCAAAGACAGGGACGAGGUGAAGAACGAAAUUAACGUGAUGAAUCAGUUAAAUCACGUCAACCUGAUCCAGUUAUACGACGCCUUCGAGUGCAAGAACGACCUGACCUUAAUCAUGGAGUAUCUGGACGGAGGGGAAUUAUUUGACAGGAUCACGGAUGAAAGUUACCACCUCACAGAGCUGGACGCCAUCAUGUUCACCAAACAGAUCUGCGAAGGGAUUUACUACGUGCACCAACAGUACAUUCUACAUCUGGACCUCAAGCCGGAGAAUAUUCUCUGCGUCAGUCGCACCGGGAACCAGAUAAAGAUUAUAGACUUUGGGCUGGCCAGGAGGUACAAGCCACGUGAAAAGCUGAAAGUGAAUUUCGGGACACCAGAGUUUUUGGCUCCAGAAGUGGUAAAUUACGAUUUUGUGUCCUUCCCCACGGACAUGUGGAGUGUAGGAGUCAUUACCUACAUGCUACUCAGCGGCCUGUCUCCGUUUUUGGGUGAAAGUGACGCAGAGACCAUGAACUACAUUGUGAACUGUAACUGGGAUUUUGAUGCAGAGACAUUUGCUGAAGUGUCAGAAGAAGCCAAAGACUUUAUUUCCAGAUUGUUAGUGAAAGAAAAGAGCUGCAGAUUGAGCGCCGGCCAGUGCCUGAAGCACGAGUGGCUCGCCGACCUGCCUCUAAAAGCCAAAAAAUACAAGGUGCGCCUUAAGUCGCAGGUCUUGCUGCAGAGAUACAUGGCACAGAAGAAAUGGAAGAAACAUUUCUACGUGGUCGCUGCUGCAAAUCGUCUCAGGAAGUUCCAGCUACUUACCCCGAAGCCUUCCUAAGAGGACGGACCGCGGCUGGGACGUAGGCAUUCAGCCGUCUGAAUACUGCGAGAGCUGCAGCAACACAAGGACAAUGAGGGAUCAGCGCCUCGCAGUACAAAUGUAGUCAUUUUGGAUAUAGUAUAUGUAAGUAGCGUUUACGAGCCAUCGCGCAGGGGUCUUCGGACGCCAGUCCCAUCUUCUCGGCUUUCCACAAAGGACUAUGUGAGGACAGCAAACGUCAUGUCACACUAUGGCCAAGCGACGCGGUCUGAAGCAAGGAAGAGCGGGCAUUACGAAGUACCCAACAGAAUAUUUGCAUCUCCUAAAAGGAAUAGUCGUCUCACAGUAUUGGCACUGGUUUCUUAGCGGCACGGUGUAAAUGCUUGGUUCUCCCUGUAGACACUGUCACAGUAUGGUUACUACCUUGUAGCAACUAGAAGCUCCGUAGAGACUCAUUGCAUGCGAUUGAGGAGACUGCAUGCAUUUGUAAGGGAAAUAAAUUGUGUUCACC